UGGUAAGCAGAUCCGAACUCUAGAUGGCGCCAAAGCACUCAAUUUUUCUGCUGCUGAUGUUUCAAGUUUGAAUUGAGUGAAUGACUCACAGCGAAACUCCACGUUUAGAAGUAUUACUAGUAGACCAUAAAGCAUCAUCAUGGACCAGGUUCUUCAACAGCAGCUUUCCAAGGUAGCAGAGAUUAUGGAGGGUCAGGUGGAUGCAGAGAUCCAUCGCCUUGAUAAUCUAGAUGAAGAUGAACUUGAUGUCCUACGUCAGAGGAGAUUGGUGGCUUUGAAGAAGCAGCGGGAAAAGGAGGAUGAGUGGAGAAGUAUAGGACAUGGGCAAUACCAGGAGAUCCCUGUUGAGAAGGACUUCUUCGCUGAAUGUAAGAAGAGCACCAACGUGGUGUGUCACUUCUACCGUGAAAGCGCUGAACGUUGUAGGAUAGUUGACAUGCACCUUCACAGACUGGCUCCUAAACACAUGGAGACACGCUUCUUGAAGAUCAAUGCAGAGAAAUGCCCAUUCCUGGCUGAGAGGCUGAGGAUAGUCGUCAUACCGACCAUAGCCCUCAUCAAGGAUGGAAAGAGCAAGGAUUACAUUGUAGGGUUUGAUGAUAUGGGAGGUAGAGAUGACUUCCCGACUGAGAUGCUAGAAUGGAGACUGGGUUGUGCCGAGGUCAUCAAUUACAGCGGUAGUCUUACCGACCCACCUACAGGAGGUAAGGGAGCCAAGCCUACAUCCAAGGCAUCUGAUCUCCUUGGGAGGAGAACUCAGAAGAUCAUCAAAGGAGGCAGAUACAAUGAUUCGGAUUCUGAUCUAGAGGACUGAUUACAAUUGAUCUACAUCAGGGAUGCCAGUUUUUAGGAUAAUGCUUAAAUUCAGGACCUGACACCUACCCGUUUCAUUUUUGUUUAAUGCUUUAUAUUGUAAGGACGCCAUGUAUGGAGCUCCAACAUCUGGGACCUGUUUCACAAAGCCUUUUUUCAGUGACAAAUGACAAAAAUCAGUGACAAAUCUGCUGAUAACCAAUCAGAAGCAAGGAUUUCACUAGCUUAUAAUACAAACUGUCAUUUGUCACUGAUGACAAGUUUUAUGAAAUGGGGCCCUGGUAUACCUGACUAGGUGUACCCUUACUAUAAACUGUAAUCGUCACUUUGGAUGGCAUUUAUUUAUCAGAAUCUUCUGCAUGAAGGAGUGAAAGUCCUUGUGCAGCUCAACAAAUAUUAUACUCUAUGUAAGUUACAAUUUGCAUAUGAUACUUUAAAAAAAUGAUAUGAUUGUAUUGGAGAAGUGGGGGUGGGGGUGGGGGGGUAUACUGGUAUGUCAACAAUUCUUGGAAUAUCCCUUGGAUUUUAAUAUACCGGUAGACAUUUCUUGGAUAUCCAUACUUAAGAAGAUGGAAAACUAUGUAACAUACAGGUGAUAUGGUCAUGUUAUUAUAGGUUUUCUGAAAUUUGAUAUCUUGGUCUGCUUACUGUCACAGAAGAAGAAUUCUAAGAACUCAUAUUGUAAAUGUUAAACAUGUUAGAAUUUCCUAACUCUUCACAUUCCACAAAUAAUUCAAA